AUGGAGUCACUAUUGCUCGCCCUCCUGAGCCUCUCCAUCUCCGUUCUAUCGGCGCAACCCUCUUCUCCCAAGCCCAUUCCGGCCCGCAUGCGGGAUCUCACCUUCGGCCAGCUGAAUUUUCUCCAUACAACUGAUACGCAUGGCUGGCUUGGUGGCCAUCUCCAGGAAGCUUCCUACGCCGCCGACUGGGGAGACUACAUCUCAUUUGCGACUCGUAUUCGUACAAAAGUCGAAGCGGAAGGAGGGGAUUUACUUCUAAUAGACACAGGCGAUAGGGUAGACGGAAAUGGUCUCUACGACGGCUCGGAGCCAAAGGGGCUAUAUACCGCGGAGAUUUUCAAGCAGCAACGCAUUGACAUCAUAUGCUCUGGCAACCAUGAGCUGUAUCAAAAGAACACAUCCGUAAAUGAGUAUCUGACAACAGUCCCCAAUUUCAAAGGCAACUACAUCUCCUCGAAUAUCGAUAUAAUGGAUCCCCACUCGGGGGAACGGGUCCCCUUGGCCGCACGCUUCAAGAAAUUCACGACAGAGAAACUAGGUAUCCGAGUUGUUGCGUUUGGUUUUUUAUUCAAUUUCAAACAAAACUACAAUAAUACCUUCGUCCAACCUGUGGAGGAGACUGUCAAGGAAGAGUGGUUCCAAGACGCGAUUCGGGACAAGGAUGUCGACCUUUUCGUCGUCGUUGGACAUGUUGCUGUGGAAUCGAAUGAAUUCUUAACCAUCUACAAAGAGAUAAGGGGCAUGCAUUGGGACACCCCAAUCCAUUUCUUUGGAGGCCACUAUCAUAUCCGGGACUAUGUAAAGUACGACGAAAAUGCGUACGGACUCGCCAGUGGCAGGUUUAUGGAAACGAUCGGCUUCGCCUCCAUCAGCGGUUUGUCGAUUGGAGACAAGCAGUCAGCGUCUGCAGCAGCCAACCCAUCAUUCACCCGGAGAUACAUCGAUAAUAACCUCUGGUCCUUCAGUUACCACACAGGUCUCAACACAACCACUUUCCCCACGGAAUAUGGCAAGAAUGUCUCCAAAAUGAUCCAGAGUGCUCGGCGCGAACUAAAACUUGACCACGUACAUGGUUGCGCGCCGAAAGACCUGUGGAUGUCGCGCGUGCCGUAUCCCCACAACGCAAGUUUAUAUUCUUGGCUGGAGAAGAAGGUCCUGCCCGAUAGCUUCCGUGUGAAAAUUCGCCCUAACAAGGCCGCUAUGAUUAUCAUAAACACAGGUGCUCUCCGCUUUGAUAUCUUCAAAGGGCCUUUCACGAAAGAUUCAGCAUACACUCUAUCACCGUUUCCAUCCGGCUUUCGCUAUGUUAAGGACGUGCCGUACGAAAAAGCGAAAUUGGUCAUGGAAGUCCUGAAUCGACAGAUAAAAAUUCUCGCAAACAUGCCGAACUCGACUGUGUCUGCAUCAUCUUUCCUAUCCCCGCCCGAGCAGCAGAAGAUAUCUCUCAGUAGCUUCGUCAACGAUGAGAACGAUGGCCAUGGUCGAGAAGAAACCCAACUGUCUUCGCCGAACCAAAUCCCACUCAACUCCCCCAGUGGUGAUGACCGCGGUACAGAGGAUGAUCAAGGCAAAGAGCCAGCUCUGGUCAUCAUGCCGGGCUACACUACUGUAGACGACGCAGGCGACGAUGGUGACGACACGAUCCACUCCAAGAUAUCCUCCUACAAAGUACCAAACUGCCUGUCCGCCUUCGUUCCUGCAAACACCUCCACAUCCGCAUCCACGUCCUCGCCUUCGCCCAAGGACAUGAACUCCGACACCGCAGACCCAGCAGCCGUCGACGUUGUUUACCUCGAUUUCGUCGAGCCAUGGCUGGAUAUGGCGUUUAAGUUUGUGGGACACGAUGUUGAUAUGAAAGAGGAUGCAGAGGUUAUUAUGGAGGAGGAGACGCUGGGGACUAUUGUUGUCCGGUGGGUGGAGGAGAAUUGGAAAUGUCAGGAGGGGAAGGUAUAG